AUGUCCGCUGCUGACUGUAAGGGAGAGGAGGAGCUGCUCUGCGUGCUGCAGAGCCUGGGUUAUGAACUCCCCACCAUCGAGCAUGAGGAGAAGAAAACCGUGGAGGCGGCGAACCUGGAGCUGCCACGUUUUGGUAUUCCUUGCACUGGUACAAAAAACAUGUUUCUAAAAGGUAAGAAAAAUGAAUUUGUACUGGUUACAGCAUUACACAACACCACUACCAGUAUCAAGCUCAUACAGACGCUGACAGGGAUAAGAGAUCUGCGUUUCGCCCCUGCUAAUGAUUUGAAGGAGAAUCUGUGCGUCGUGCAAGGCUGCGUGACACCAUUUGCUCUUGUCAACAAUUUGGAAAAGAAGAACAUCAUUGUGCUGCUGGACAAAAAUAUGAUGGAAAGCAGCAUACCCUUCGUAUUGCACCCUUGUCGGAAUGAUAAAAGCAGCUUGGUAAUGCCCUACCAGCUGGAAGCGUUCCUGAAGAAGAUCGACUACCCUUUUAAGGUGGUCAGCUUCAGUGAGGACGAUUCCCCUAAGGAGGCUAAACCGGCGGAGGUUGUCUCUCCUUCAAACGCCGUUGCUGUGCCUAUUCCGCAGGCGCCUGUGGUGGGUGAGACGCGGCUUGGGAUAAGCGCCGUUCGUGAGGAGAACUUCUCUGCGUGGUACACCGAGGUGAUCAGCAAGGGUGAGAUGAUUGAGUACUACGAUGUGUCCGGCUGCUACAUCAUGCGCCCGUGGUCCUAUUUCAUUUGGAAGUCGAUUCAGCGUUUCUUCGACUCUCGGAUUGAGGAUAUGGGUGUGGAGGACUGCUACUUUCCCAUGUUCGUAUCCAAAUCUUGCCUGGAACGUGAAAAGGAACAUAUCGAUGGGUUUGCACCGGAGGUGGCAUGGGUAACAAAGGCAGGGGAGACGGAGCUGGAAAUGCCCCUAGCCAUUCGUCCAACUAGCGAGACGAUCAUGUACUCUCACUACGCUAAGUGGAUCCGGAGCCACCGUGAUUUGCCGCUACGUUUGAACAUGUGGAACAAUGUCAUUCGCUGGGAGUUUUCCCACCCCACACCGUUCAUUCGCACACGAGAGUUUCUAUGGCAGGAGGGUCACUGUGCGUGGGCCACCGAGGAGGACUGCGCGCGCGAAGUGUGGGAGAUAUUGGACCACUAUGAAUCCGUGUACAGAGACCUCCUGGCAGUGCCCGUCAUUAAGGGAAAGAAAACUGAUAAAGAAAAAUUCGCUGGUGCCUACUACACCACAACUGUGGAGACCUUCAUUGAGGGCGUUGGCCGCGGCUGUCAGGGUGCAACAAGCCACCACUUGGGUCAGAACUUCGGCAAGAUCUUCGAUAUCCGUUUCCAGAACCCCGAAAAUCCCGAAGGGGAACCGUUGGUUCCUUUUCAGAACAGCUGGGGGUUCACCACACGUUCAAUCGGUGUCAUGGUGAUGGUGCAUUCUGACAACCGUGGCCUAGUUUUGCCACCGCGUGUGGCCUCAUUACAGGUGGUCAUCAUCCCAGUUGGCAUUACCAAAGGCACUACAAAGGAGGAGAAGCAACAGCUUCUGGAGGGCUGCAAGAGGUUGGAGGAGCAGCUCAGACGGUCCUCUAUUCGGGCUAAGGCGGAUUUGCGUGACAAUUACAGCCCUGGCUGGAGGUUUAACCAUUGGGAGUUAAAGGGUGUCCCCGUGCGCGUCGAGUUCGGACCGAAGGAGUUGGCGAGCAAUGAACUUUCACUUGUGAUACGCUUCAAUGGUGAGAGGCGCAAGAUGGUCUGGGACGAUGGGGUGGUCUCGAAGAUGAUGGAACUGAUGGAUGACAUCCACAACACCAUGCUCGCGAAUGCCAUUCGGAUUCGUGAUGAACACCUAAUUAAGAUCACCGAGUGGAGCGAGUUCGUGCCGAUCCUCAACAAGAAGUGCAUCAUUCUAGCCCCAUGGUGUGGCUCUGGGGCCUGCGAAGAUAAGGUGAAAAAAGACAGUGCCGAGGAGUCCAAGAGGCUGUUGGCACAGGAAGAGGUUCGCGAGGAUGCCCGGGCUCCCAGUAUGGGGGCAAAGGCUCUUUGCAUUCCGUGUGAGCAACCCAGCUCUGUGGAGAAAUUCAAGUGCAUAUGCCAAGGAUGUGAGGAAACUGCGACGAAAUGGGUGUUGUUCGGCCGCAGCUACUAG